CAGUAUAUCUAUUGUUCAAGGCCACAUUUUUAUAUCGUCAGGUACAGAGCCUGUCAUUGAUCUGGUCGCUGCAUAGCGCAUGCGCAGUGUCCGUCCGUCAGUUUGUAUUCGGAUGACUCGAGACAGCGCAGGGUUGGGUGAACGCGUCCCAUCAUGCAGCGCGCCACAGUCCUACCUCGCUCACCCCCGCAGUAGGAGACUCACAUCCAGGGAUCGGACUAAUGGCGGCCGGCAAAUCUGUGCGCUGACACGAAAUCCACAACAGCCGCUCAGGUGCCAGCCGAUUUCGUGGGGGGCAGGGCGACGUCGCAUCUCUGCACGAACGGUGAAGUAGGGAGGGCUGAGGGGAAACAAUCGGCGACUUCUAGCAGGACUUUCCUAUUUUAAAACAUGGAUGAACAGCCCGGCGGAGGAGGAGGAGGAGGAGGAGGAAUGGCCGCCCAGAGACAGCAGCAGCAGCAGGGCAACAGCAGCAUUAAUCCCCAGAUCGCCAGCGCUGGAGGAGCGCAUAUGGUUCAGCAACAGCAAGACGAGAUGCCCAGGCCCCAGCAGUACACUAUCCCGGGGAUUUUACACUACAUCCAGCACGAAUGGGCCCGUUUCGAGAUGGAAAGGGCGCAUUGGGAAGUGGAGAGGGCCGAACUCCAGGCCCGAAUAGCGUUCCUCCAAGGAGAAAGGAAGGGUCAAGAAAAUUUAAAGAAUGAUCUUGUUAGAAGAAUAAAAAUGUUAGAAUAUGCAUUAAAACAAGAAAGAGCAAAAUACCAUAAAUUAAAAUAUGGGACAGAACUAAAUCAAGGUGAAGUGAAAAUGCCUAGCUUUGAAUUGGAUACCAAAGAUACAGAGGUCUUGGCUAUACCUCAGAACAGCCAGUUAACGUGGAAACAGGGCAGGCAACUCCUCAGACAAUAUCUUCAGGAAGUAGGUUAUACGGACACAAUACUGGAUGUCCGGUCGCAGAGAGUGCGGUCGUUACUGGGGCUGUCCAGCUCAGAGCAGAACGGUUCUGUGGAAACCAAGAACCUAGAGCAAAUUCUCAAUGGAGGAGAAUCUCCAGCCAAAAGAAAGGGACAAGACAUGAAAAGGAAUCCAGAGGUUCUGGAGACAUUUAAUUUUUUAGAAAAUGCUGACGAUAGUGAUGAAGAGGAAGAAGAUGAGGGCGACAUAAUGGAGGACGUGCCUGACAGGAGCGAUAAACGUAGAAUAAAAAAACAUAAAAUUAAGGUCGGAAAUGAAGGUUUGGCUUCAGACUUACCGGAUGACCCUGACACAGAGGAGGCACUCAAGGAGUUUGACUUUUUGGUAAACGCGGAGGAUGGAGAAGGUGCCGGAGAGGCUCGGAGUUCAGGAGACGGCACAGAGUGGGCUGAGCCUCUGCCAUUCACGCCUGGUGGGGGCAAGUCCUUUAUCAUGGGCUCUGAUGACAUGUUGGAAAGUGUGCUGGGCCUGGGAGACCUCGCAGAUCUGACUGUGUCCAAUGACGAGGCUGAAUACAGCUAUGAUCUGCCAGCCAAUAAGGACGCGUUCAGGAAGACAUGGAAUCCCAAAUAUACCCUGCGAAGCCACUUUGAUGGAGUGCGGGCCUUGGCCUUCCAUCCUGUGGAACCGGUGUUGGUCACCGUCUCAGAAGACCACACCCUCAAACUGUGGAACCUCCAGAAGACAGUUCCUGCCAAAAAAAGUGCCUCUUUUGAUGUGGAGCCCAUAUACACGUUUAGAGGGCAUAUUGGGCCUGUGCUCUCAUUGACUGUGACCUCGAGCGGCGAGCACUGUUUUAGUGGUGGAAUCGAUUCAACAAUACAGUGGUGGAACAUCCCCAGCUCUAACGUAGACCCUUACGACACAUAUAACCCCAGCGUGUUGGCUGGUACGUUGUUGGGUCACAGUGACGCAGUGUGGGGAUUGGCUUACAGUGGAAUCAAAGAGCGACUGCUCUCCUGUUCAGCUGAUGGGACGAUCAAGCUGUGGAACCCUCAGGGGAAGUCACCAUGUCUCAGCACAUUUAACUCAGAUAGAGGUCAUGGUGUUCCCACAUCAAUUGAUUUCAAUGGGUGUGAUCCAGCUCAUAUGGUGGCAUCCUACAACACGGGAGAUGUUGUCAUUUAUGAUCUUGAGACAUCACAGCCUGUCGUGGUAUUCUCCGCACAGGGCGAGAGCGCUAUUCCUUUUGGGAAUCACAUUAAUAAAGUAGUCAACCACCCCACCCUGCCAAUCACAGUCACCGCUCACGAGGAUAGACACAUCAAAUUCUUUGAUAAUAAAUCAGGUAAAGCCAUUCAUGCAAUGGUGGCUCACUUGGAUGCUGUUACUAGUCUGGCUAUAGAUCCAAAUGGCAUCUACUUGAUGUCAGGAAGUCAUGAUAGUUCCAUCCGCUUGUGGAACGUGGACAGCAAGACAUGCGUACAAGAGGUUACUGCGCACAGGAAAAAGUCGGACGAGGCCAUAUACGACGUUGCCUUCCACCCAUCUAAGGCAUACAUAGGAAGUGCUGGAGCCGAUGCCCUGGCCAAAGUGUUUGUAUAAAAGCACCUCCGAAUUAAUGCAUACGUAAAGACGAGAGAAAGAAAGGACUGCUUCACUGCCUUGUGUAACAAGAGUAGCAUUUCUCACACUACAUUGAAGUGGCUUCCACCUACGCUGUCAAACUCACACCACACACACACGAUACCAGGUGCCAAGAGGGGGACAUGCCGUUUUUUUGCGAAGCCAGUGUGGAGUGCUCAAUCAGUUUUAAUCUUUUUUAUGUUUUCUUC